CAAAGCACUUGUUACCACUAAUUACUCUCGAUCUCAGGUUCUUCUUCAAAUUCUGUAGAUAUGGAUGUCGAUGAGCCAUCUUCGCCACCAGCGCCCAGGUCGUCGUUGCCACCGAGCAGCGCUCCCAUGGCCACCAUGUCCUCUACUAAUGGGACACCCAGAUCUGCAGGGAGGAGACCAGCGUCUGAUGCACUUGCUUUUAACGAUGACGAAGCUCAGGAGGCGGAGGAAGACGGUGCCUCAACGAGACGGAGAAGGCGACCCAGAAAUCAGCCGAAUGGUGAUGUCCCACUCGUAAGGGAUGCUGUUGGGGAGAGCGUUUCUGAAAGUUUCGAGACCUUCUUAAAGACGUUCACAGAAGAGGUCGCACUGGCCUCGACGCCCGCAUCCGAUGGCGACCUUCCAGAGGUCAUCGAGGGUGAAUUGAUUUACAUCCAGCAAAUCCACACUAUGCGAGAAUACGAAAUAACCACUCUCUAUGUCGACUUCACCCAUCUUUUACAAAAAGAUGACGUCCUUGCAGACGCGAUCCAGAAGCAGUAUUACCGUUUCCUUCCCUACCUCCGCCGCGCCCUCCACAAUCUAGUCGCAGAGUAUGAGCCUGAGUACCUCAAGAUCAAUCCCACCGCUGCUACAACUGAUUCCGCAAACCUUCAAUCGCGAGAAUUCAAUAUCGCAUUCUAUCAUCUCCCUCUAGUAUCCGGUAUCCGUGAUCUCAGAACCGAUAAGAUAGGCACGCUGAUGAGUAUCAGCGGCACUGUCACCCGCACCAGUGAGGUGAGGCCUGAACUCCUUUAUGGCAGCUUCAUCUGUGAAGUCUGCGGUGGUCUUGUCAACGAGAUAGAGCAACAAUUUAAAUAUACUGAGCCAAGUCUCUGUCCUAAUCCCACAUGUGGAAACCGCAUCGCAUGGCAACUUCAAAUCGAUACCUCCAAAUUCACGGACUGGCAAAAGGUCCGGAUACAAGAAAAUCCCUCUGAGAUACCCACUGGUUCCAUGCCUCGAUCUCUGGACGUCAUACUUCGUUCUGAACUCGUCGAACGUGCCAAGGCUGGAGAUAAAUGUGUUUUCACUGGAACCUUCAUCGUUGUCCCGGAUGUCAGUCAGCUCGGACUGCCAGGUGGAAACAAGGCGGAGCUUAUGCGUGAAGCGAGUAAGAGCGGGGCCAACGUUGCAACAGGUGGUGUUGGUGGAAGUGGUGUUACGGGGCUCAAGAGCCUUGGUGUGCGGGAUUUGCAGUACAAGACGGCAUUCCUAGCAUGCAUGGUCCACGAUGCUGAUGGCAGGGGUGGCACUAAUGUUCGUGGAGAAGAAGAGGGCGAAGAGGAUGGACAGGCGUUCCUCCGUUCGCUAACUGAGCCCGAGUUUGAUGAGCUCAAGAGCAUGAUCGACUCUGAUCACAUAUACUCCCGUUUGGUGGAGAGCAUAGCGCCCACCGUAUACGGUCACGAAAUCGUAAAAAAAGGCCUCCUUUUGCAGCUCAUGGGCGGUGUCCACAAGCAAACGGCCGAGGGGAUGCAUCUCCGUGGGGACAUCAACAUCUGCAUCGUGGGUGAUCCUUCCACGUCAAAAUCACAAUUCCUCAAAUAUAUUUGCUCUUUUCUCCCGCGAGCAGUCUAUACAUCCGGCAAAGCCUCAUCAGCAGCAGGUCUCACAGCCGCCGUCGUCAAAGACGAAGAAACCGGCGACUUCACAAUCGAAGCUGGUGCGCUCAUGCUAGCCGACAAUGGCAUCUGCGCCAUCGAUGAAUUCGAUAAGAUGGAUAUUUCCGACCAGGUCGCUAUUCACGAGGCGAUGGAACAGCAGACAAUCUCUAUUGCGAAGGCGGGUAUUCAUGCGACGCUCAACGCGCGCACGAGUAUCCUCGCAGCAGCUAACCCUAUUGGUGGACGCUACGACCGCAAGCGAACGCUGAAAGCCAAUGUUGCUAUGAGCGCUCCGAUUAUGAGCAGAUUCGAUCUGUUCUUUGUUGUCCUCGAUGAGUGCGAUGAGAAGACGGAUUUGAACAUCGCUAAGCAUAUCGUAAAUGUGCAUCGGUUCCAGGAUGAGGCUAUUAACCCGGAGUUCAGUACGGAGGCCCUGCAACGGUACAUCCGGUAUGCCAGGACGUUUAACCCCAAGCUGACUCCAGAGGCCGCCGAUAUCCUCGUAGAGAAAUACCGCAUCCUCCGGCAGGAUGAUGCGACAGGAGCAGGACGUCAUUCCUACAGGAUCACCGUCCGUCAGCUCGAGUCCAUGGUCCGUCUGAGUGAAGCUAUUGCCCGUGCUAAUUGCACAGCGGAGAUCACACCAGCCUUCGUACGAGAAGCAUAUACUCUUCUGCGGCAGAGCAUCAUCCACGUCGAACAAGACGAUAUCGAUUUCGACGAGGAAGAGCUAGAGGGCGAGCGAGAGGCGCGGAACGCUCCUGCGAACGAAACCUCGGAUGCGGUGGAAGAGAGCCAAGAUAUCGAGAUGAGCGCAGCGGAGAUAGAAGCGAUGGAUGAGAUGGAGGAAAGCUCUUUGGGCAUGGGCCUGAACCGCACCGCUACGAGCAGUGGUGCUGGACCGUCGUCGACGUCGCGCGCAGGCAGCAUGCUGCCAGAUGUUGCACCGCCGCCCGCGCCUGCCCCGAAGAGAAGGAUGAUCAUAACGCACGACAAGUACAUGACGCUGCAGAGCCUUGUGGUUCUGCAUCUGUCUGCGGUUGAGCGUGAGACUGGGCGGGGUGUCGACCGUGAUGAGCUGAUUGAUUGGUAUUUGGAGUUGAAGGAGUCGGAGAUUCAGGACGUGGAUGAGCUGGAGUAUGAGAAGGAGCUCAUCUCGAAGCUAUUGAGGAAGUUGGUGAAGGACAACUACCUCAUUGAAGUACGUGGUGACGUGCAAGACUCGUUGCCAGAGUCCACGACGGAUGGGUCUGCGCCGGCUCAGUCGUCGAGCACUCAAGACGGGGAAAAUGUGAGAGUAUAUUAUAUGGUGCAUCCGUCGGUGGAUACGGAGGGCACGUCGUCUGUGGCAUGAUUUUAUUACCAUUUUUCCGAGUAUCUGUUGUGCCGUAACGUAGCCCACUUGUUCUGUUGUAUUCAUUACAUUUAUCCAUCCUCCCCCCUAGGCAGACUUUCGAAGACUUUCAGCACUUCGGAAGGUGCUAGUGCAAUUCAAAGUUUACGCUCUCACUGGUCAUGAAA